ACUUCUGGGCUUAAGUGAUCCUCCUGCUUCGGCCUCCCAAAGUGCUGGGAUUACAGGCAUGAGCCACCAUGACAGGCCUUACUGGCCUCUCGAACCUGCCAACAAUCAGGGCCGCCUCUGCCAGGAGCACUUUCAUCUGAGUUCAGUCCAGAAGGAAUGCCCAGUGUGGCUGCUGCAUCUUGUUGUGGGCACCUUGACUUUCUGUGAUGCUUCUCUUUUGACUUCAAGAUCUAGACAUGGCUCAAGAUCCCAAGGCCGGCCCUGCCCAGCCAGGCCAGAAGAGGCAGCAGGGCACACGCGUUUUCUGGGUCUAUGAAUACCAGAGGAUCCGGAUGCCCACACUCAUCAACCACAUGCCUGUCAAGAUCCGGAGGGCCCACAUGGGCAUGGGGGUCAGGAGCGGCUUCAGCCCCCAACGGGUCUCCAGGAACAGCCCCCUGCCCUCUGGGCAGAAAAAGUUCCCCACCGAGGACCUGCAUGACAUCCAGGGGGCGCUGUGGCAGAUCAAAGCCCAGGUGGACAGUCUGCUGCAGAGCCUGGAGCGCAUGGACCGGCAGCAGGUCCCACCCGCAGCCACAAAGGACAGUGGAAAAAACAGGGGUCCUGGUAGCAAGGGCUCCUCCUGCAGCUCUGAGCCCCCGCAGAAGCCCCGGAGCGAGGAGGCUGGUCCAGAGGCAGAUGGCUACGAGGGCGGCACAGACACGGAGUGGACAGUGAAGAACCACGCUGAAGACCAGGCCAGCCAGGAGGCAGCAGGAACCCCUCCAGCCUCAUCAGCUCCUGGCAUUCUCGGAUAGACAGCUCCUUGCCUUGCGUAGGUUUUGAAAGCCACCUUAGCAACCUGAGAUGCCUGAUCUGGAGCGGGGGCAAUGGAAGUGGACACAGGGCUUGCCAGACAAGCAGAGGGCCAACCUGUAGUGGUGGGUUUAGCUUCUUUAGAGGUUGCAUUUCGAGAUGAUGGUCCUGGGACUGACACGGUUAGGAGGUGGCCUGGGACUGCACCAGGUCGCCAUCCUCAUGAAGCUGAGGCUCUCUUGCAAGGGGCAGAUGACAGCCCAUCCCCACCCCACCCCCCC